AUGGCGAGGAUCUCGUUCCUGCAGAAGCUGGAGUACAGGGCGGAGGCGGCGGCCGCCGACCUACAGCACAUCGAGUCCAUCGCCCUCGGCACCGUCUCCUUCGAGGAGCUCCUCGGCCACUGCGGCGAGUCGCUCAACGUCUACGCGCGCCACGCCAGCGCCCUCCAGUCCCACCUCGCUCCCUUCGGCUACGAGCCCGCCGACGCAGAGGAGCCUGAGUUUGAUGUGGAUGUGGAAGUGGAAGAUGGAAAUGUCGGUAAGGUUGAGGACCUUGGAGAUGGAUGCCUCAGCGUGUCGCGUUCAGUGCUCAGGUCGGGUAAGCGGCGGUUUGAUGACGACAACGACGCAAUAUUUGAAGAGUCACUGAAGGAUCUUGGGUUUUCAGAUGCUUGUCUAGCCACUCUUUCUUCUGAAGGCGCAAAUUAUGGUGUGAGCCCAAAGAAGCUUUACAAGAAUCCUGAAAGUACUGAUUAUGGAGAAAAGAUCAUGAAUGAAGCUGAAAUUAUGACUCCACAAAAUGAAAGAAAUGGUCAAGGUAAUUCUUUCAAAGAAGUGAUAAGGGCAUCUAAGGAGGAGUAUGAGCAACUUCCUUCUUACAUGAAGAGUCUAGCAUCAUGGGAGGAGUUGCAGGAGGGAAUAUCCAAACUAAAUUCAUACUUCGGUGGUGACAAAGCUCAGGGAAGUGUUGCAUUGAACCAGGACCAUGUUGGAGAAAUAGGAUUGGGGCGCAAAGGAAGAGCCUGCCUGCUGAUGCUGUUGCGGCUCAAUCAGUUAAGUAUGGAGACAGUUGAUGGAUCUACCUUUUACACCCUGUGCAAGAACAACUUGUAG